CUGUAACUUAAAAUACAGAAAAAGGAGCCCUAUCAGCUCAAGCAAUGAGGAGAUCUAUCACGAUUGCGUCGAAGAUGAGCAGAUUUGUUAAUGUUCAAGGUAAUUUUGUAACUGCUCCUCCUCCUUCAUUGAUUAUUUGUUGCUGGAGACGAGCUUUCUCUGGUGAAAGUGAUGAUUACAGAGAGAUAUUGAGAAAUGGGCUUCGUGAUAUCAAGUUAGACGAUGCUAUUGGUUUCUUCGAUGAAAUGGUUCAGUCUCGUCCUUUCCCUUCCAUUUUUGAGUUCAGUGAACUGUUGAGUACUGUUGCUAAGAUGAACAAGUUUGAUGUUGUCAUCUCCCUGGGGGAGAAGAUGCAAAAGCUGGGAAUUUCUCAUGAUCACUAUACUUACAGUAUUCUCGUAGACUGUUUCUGCCGCUCCUCUCAACUCUCUCCUGCUUUAGCUAUUCUUGGGAAGAUAAUCAAACUCGGGGAUGAGCCGAGUGUAGUACUCACACUUUCUUAUCUUCUCAAUGGUUUCAAUGCUUCCAUUGAUGCUUUUGUGAAAGAGGGGAAGCUUUUAGAGGCUGAAAAGUUGUACAAGGAGAUGAUCCAAAGGUAUAUAGAUCCUGAUACUGUCACUUACAAUUCACUGAUCAAUGGGUUUUGCAUGCACGAUCGCCUAGAUGAAGCCAAGGAUAUGCUUGCUUUGAUGGUUAGCAAGAGUUGUUUCCCAAAUGUAGUGACAUAUAAUACUCUCAUUAAGGGAUUUUGUAAUUCUAAGAGAAUAGAGGAUGGUAUGGAACUAUUAGGCGAGAUGUCUCAAAGAGGAUUGAUGGGCAACACCGUCACUUACAACACACUUAUCCAAGGGUUUGUUCAAGCUGGAAAAUGUGAUUAUGCCCAAGAAGUUUUUGAACUAAUGAGUUCUAGUGGUGUGCCUCCCAAUAUUUGGACCUACAACAUUUUGUUAGAUGGAUUUUGUGGGAAAGGUUUAAAGCAGGAAGCAGUUGCUUUGUUUAGAAAAAUGAAAGAAGAUGGGACUCUCCCAGAUGACUCUACAUAUAAUACGUUGAUCAGGGCGUGCCUUAGAGAUGGUGACAAAGCCGCAUCAGCAGAACUCAUUAAAGAAAUGAGGAGUUGCAGGUUUGCUGGAGAUGAUUCUACCUUUGGCUUGGUCACUAGUAUGUUACAUGAUGGGAGAUUGGACAAAAGCUUCCUCAAUAUGCUUUCUUAAACAGUUCAAUCAUUCUCAGAGAAUUAACUGUGUGCUAAAUCAACACUGCUCCUGCAUUUUUUUCUGCAUAUACUUUUUUUGUGGAUUUCUCUUGCAAUGCUGAAGCUUGUAGGUUCUCUUUGAAAUUCAUGUUAUGUUCUUCUUGUGUCUAAUCUUUGUGUCAUAUUCUGAGUUAAAAGUAUUUAACUAUCUAUUCUGAGUUA